AUGAACAACCGGCGCAGGGACAUUCACGAUGAUUAUGAUGUUGGAUGUAACGGGUACUCCAUGGACUACCGGAUAAAAGAACAACAACGAAUUCUUCAAAGUGUUCGGAGUGAACUGAUCGAUUCGUCCUCUAAGCUCAAAGAGGUGAAUGUCGUCUAUGAGGAACUCAACAAGAAGAUUCCCGAAAAACAGUCUGAGUUGACCACUGUAUUGGAUGAAAUUGAAAGCGCGAGGCGAACACUGAAGGAACUUCAGGAUCGACGUAAUGUGCGGAUUUUUCUUCCACACCGACCUCUGUAUCCGAGGGUCGUUGAGAACUCCAAUCCUUCUCAAGCUCCUCCCUUGACCUCUUCAACUUUUACUUGGGAAAGUGCCAUUGAUUAUAGUCGAUGCUCCAUAUCCUCUUUUAUGCCUUUGUAUGUAUAUCCAUUGUCCAAGCCAAAUGCUCAGCUCGAAGAAUUGAAAAUGCAACUUUUAUCACAAGGAAAUAUUGUUUCUAAUCCAAACAUAGCAUGUUUAUUGGUGAUUCUUACUAAUGAAGAAAUUGAUAUUUCCUCCAUGAACAUUCGGAAUGGAGGCCGCAAUCAUGUCAUUAUUAACGUUGGGAAACCGUUCUAUCCUAAAAGUCUUCCGCUUAUAAUGGUACAACAACACGAUCCUCCUUUUGAGAGAUCUCUUGACUACAAUGUAUUCCUGGAAAUGCCUCGGUAUGAUGCUUCUUCCUGGAAACUACUGAAGCCUAUAUUGCCAUUAUCACGAAAGGUUAGCUAUUUAGAGACGUUAUUACCCGUUUUGUAG